AUGGGAAAAUUAGAAAUACUUCCAUGUUAUAUACUGUUUGAUGGUACUGUACCUCUUGAAAAAUUCUUUAAACCUCAGGAAACUGAAAUAUCUGAAAUUGAUCAUAACACAUCCAAUAAUGUAGAAAAUUGUAGACUUGAUUAUAUGAAUGCUACAUUCCGUGGAAGAAGACUAUAUGGUUCUAAAAUAGAUUUAAAAUCAAUAAAAUACAAAGCUGGUUUUUUGAGAUUAUCCGUGGAUUCCAUGGCUAAUAAUAAGUUGGAAUGUGUCUCUAAUGUUGAAAGUUUUAGAUAUUGGAAUCAUGAUAAUAAGCCUAAUAAAAUGGAUGAUAUUCCUCAGUGGUUCACAAUUGCAAAUUAUGAAAAUUUAAUACAUCAAAGUACUUUUUAA